AUGUUGGUCGUUACAACCAGGACAGUUCAGAACCCGACAAACAGCACCAUAACCACGGACAUCAUCACCAUCAAGAUCAUCGUCAUCAAGAUCACCAUCAAAAUCGUCUCCAAGAUGAACAUCGACAAAAUAAACAUCGACACCAAGAUCACGACAAACACCAUCAAGAUCAACACCAAUGCCAACAUGAACAUCACCGUCAACACCAUAACCACGGCCAACAUGAUCACCACCAUCACCAAAAUCACCACCAACACGAUCAGCAAGAUCAACACCAUCAUCAUCACCCACACCAUCUUCACCAUCACCACCAUCACGAACAAGAUCACCAUCAGGAAGGAGACAGAGCUGUCAGCUGUGGCUUCUUCAUUGAUCGCUACGAGCAAUGGACGAAACAGCCCGACGAGUUUCUUUCCCACUCCGAGAGGAAGUAUCAUUUUCAUAUCCAUCAUGAUGGAGGGGCGCAACAGCACACUUCCCUCAACUUCACCCGGUGGAGGCUCCGGUGUUCAUCAAGCGGGAGGUGGCAUAGACAAGAUGCAGCUUGUUAGACUACAAGGAGAUGAGAUGUGUGCUCUUGACAGGAUGAUGAAUGAAACUAGUCAGCAUUGCCCAAGGCUCUUCAUGCCUAUUGAAACGCUGAUGAAACCUCUUGUGACAUGA